AUGGCUGCUGCUUCUUUCCGAGCUCUGCGUCUCACCCAACGCGCCCCUCAGGCGCUCUCACGUGCAUCCGCACCUUCAUCGCGUCUUUUCCCCAGCCAAUCACGUAUUGCAUUACUCCAAAAACGCCUCCUCAACACCGAUACUGCGCCAGUCCUCUACAGUGCUCAUGCCAAGGUCAUUGGUGCGAGAACAGGCCACGUCCAAGGCGAUGAUCUUGACAUUGACCUCACCAUGGCCAAGGCCCUCGGCGGCGCGGGUGACAAGGGCAAGACGAACCCAGAGGAGCUCUUCGCCGCGGGCUACGGCGCGUGUUUCCAAAGUGCCAUGAAUGCUUCGGCGACGAGUAUGAAGAUCCAGAUGCCCAAGAAGCCCGAGGACUCCAUCGUCGACACGACUGUUCACCUCGUGGGAGACAUGAAGGGGCUCGACAUGGGCAUCCGCGUGGAUAUGAGGGUUCGCGUCAAGGGACUCAGCAACGAGGAGGUUCAAAAGGUUGUUGACAAGGCGAAGGAAGUCUGCCCGUACAGCCGGGCGACACAGGGUAACGUCACGACGAACAUUGAGGUUGUCAAGUUUGAUGAGUCUGGAAGCUCCGGAAGUUCAUCGGGCUCUGAGAGUUCUGGUAGCUCUAAGAAGUCUGAUGACCCCACGAAGAUGUCGGGCGUGAAGCCAGAGGGACACAGCGACUAUCAGUAA